AAGCCUGAGUUCAUCAGGUGAAAGGUGAUUGAAACGGUUUACUGUGGACUGGUCAUGGACAACUUUGCUGUCAUUCUGCUUGUCCUUCUCCUGGGGACGCUGAACACAGUCCAGUGUCAGUAUGAAGAGACAAAAUCAGAGGAUUUUGAAGGGAGUAGCCCAUCUGACGAUAUCCCUGAGGAAGAGAAGUACACUGUGUCUGCUCUGAUUGAAAGGGCCAACAAGAAUGUAGGGCAAGAGUUGGAUGAUCCAGAGAUCAUAGAGGGUGAUAUUGCAGUGGACACAAGGCUCAGGAAUGCUGACCCCUGUACGUCACGCAGUAGUGGCAGCUGUAAAUGGCGUCUCAAGAAUGGCAUUGUCCGUGUGCCAUACAUCAUCUCUAGCCAGUACACCCCCCUUGAGAGGGCCACUAUUCUCUGGGUCAUGGACUCUUUUGCAAGGAACAGCUGUAUUCGCUUCGUCCCAUACCCCCCACGACCCAAGAGCCUGGACCACUUGUAUAUCAAGUCAAGCACAGGGUGUUGGUCCUAUGUGGGGCGUAGAGGUAGGCGGCAGAUCGUGUCCCUGUCUCGACAAGGAUGUCUGCACUUUAAUGUGAUCCAGCAUCAGCUUCUGCACGUCCUGGGCUUCCACCAUGAGCUGUCACGCAGUGACCGUGACAUGCAUGUCCGUAUUCUCUAUGAAAACCUCAGAGGAGGAGGCCACUUCAAAAAGAUUAAGACCAAUAACCUGGGCACACCCUAUGACUAUGGUUCAGUCAUGCAACACUCAAGGUAUGCCUUCUCCCGCAAUGGGAAACCCACCAUUGUCCCCAUCCCUGACACCAAUGUACCGAUUGGGAAAGCCACCCACAUGAGCCACUGGGAUAUUAUCCGAAUCCAACGCCUCUAUGGAUGUGUGGUACGCCCAAAAGAAAGGAGGAUUUUCCAGCUCAAUGAGUUCAUUUCACCAGGCGGACAUCCUGGGUUCAGAAAGUAAAAGUCCUGAUCCAGCUCGUCCUAACUAGCAGCCAGGUAGAUCAGAUAAUUAGUGAUACCAUACCACCUAUGUUAAGUGCACAGGUAGAAAUAAUAUAAGGCAGGACUUUUACUUUCUGGACCUGGGAUGUCCACGGAUGUCCUUCUAGAGGUCCAUGUAGAGCCGCACUAUACCGUGCCGUGUAGAGUCGGACUAGUUUGCCAGUGGAAAAGGGACAUAAGUGUCCAUGUAUCCGACCCCACUGAUGCUAUGUUAAUGAUAGCUUAGUUAGCAGGGUGUUCCUGAAUCAUCCUGUUUCUGUCUUUCCUCUGGACUAUGCUGAUCUAGAAAAAGUUGAUUUACUCAGUGGUGAUGUCUUGUGAAAUAGGCUAAUUACAAAAAUAAAUGCUGUUUGAAUAAAU